AAAUGCUUAAUCACGGCCGGAGACAGCAUGGAGGCUUGCCAAAGUCUGCUCCUGUCUUCUCCAUGUUCAAUCUCCCUCAUAAAACCAGAAGUGUGGGGACGGAACUGCAUUAAAUGAAAGAAUGGAAACAAAAGAAAAGAGAAAAGUGACGUUUGAUCCUGAUGUCGAACAGACCUAUCUCCUUGAUGGUAAAUGGAGUUUUCUAAGGUAUCUUUUAACUCUCAACGAAGAAAUCAAUCUCCAAAUCGUCUGCGACACGUUGGAGGACCGAUGUGUUCUGUCUCCCUCCGACAAAGACGACGUCCUGCAACAAGGGACGUACAAAGAUAGGAUUGACACGUGCAUACAGCGCGUGCUUAAAACGUGCCCGACCGGAUUCACCCACUUCUGUGAGGUUCUAAAGGAUUGUGGGUACAAUCACGUGGUAGAAAACUUAAAAACAGAAACGGAAGACGAGGAUUCGAUUAGUAAAUAUACAUUAACUUCUGAAGAUAUCUUCGAAAAGACUGCAAAGAAUAGUUCUAGGCAAUGGGAUACUAGUACACCUAUAAGUACGUCCUAUAGUGAACGUGAGGAAAAACUGGCAAUUGUCGGCGUCAAAAUGUCUCUAUCAACACUCUCAAAAGACACAAAAGCCUCUCAAAGGGAAUUCAACACAAUUAUCCAAAGACAAUCUGAACUCGAAAAGCAGCUAUCAGAAGUGAUGAAAACCCUUGAUAGUGCUAAAGACGCGCUAAUACGUGAAAGGGAAGAAAAAGCACAGCUGCUGCAACAGCUUCAGUUCAAGGAUGAUGAACUUGUGGACAUGCAAAGGAAGUACAGAGACUUGCAGAACGUGAUGGGAAAGUUAAAAGAAACCAACAAUAAAUACCACGAAAGGGUAACAAAGUUGCAAAUCGAAAACGAACAAUUACGGAAAUCAGUCAAAGACAAUUCCAACUUGCAGAUUGAUUUGACUGAAAAAAGUCAGCAAAUCAAAGAGUUGAAGAGAACGAUCGAGGAGCAAGACAAAGAGAUCACAAACCAGGAGACCAUGAUCAACAAGAAACUGAACAUGAUCGAGCAGCUAGCGGCCGACCACCAGAGGUUGGCAGACGGACAGAUCAAACUGGAGGAUUUAUUGGUGAAACAGCACGAGGAGAUCAUGAAACUCGGGGCCGAGAAAGAUAGCGCGCACCAACUUCUGACGCAGCAGCAGAAACAGUUAAACUCCCAACAGGCGUCACUGGCUAUUCUGCAGGAGAAUCUCGAGAGACUUGAAAUGACCGUGCUAACGCAGCACGAGCAACAGAACGUGCUAGCGAUUCUACCGCCGAGCGAUCAAAAUUACCGCGGCAAAAAGCAGCCGACAACCACGAAACCGAUGAUGGUCAGACCAUUCAAUGCGUCCGGAAAAGUGGAAAAUUCAAAGAAUUCUUUCUGGAAAAAUCCUAACGGAAACAAAAUGAAAUGAUUCUAUUUUGAGAGAGAUUUAUGAUCGCAGUGUUAAUUGUAUGUUUAAUGGGAACUUUGAGUAUUUGUCAAGACCCAUUCGAAUUUUUUUUAUGUCAAUAUUAAUUGUUCUUCAGGAAAGUUGUUAGUUUCUCAUUUAUUCAACUUUGGAAGAAAGAAAUAACUACAAUUACUUUACUGAAAAGUGAUAAAAGUAAUUGUAUUCUAAACAUUAUAUAUUUGUGAAUUUCGAGUUUUAAUUCAAUCAAAAUUUGCUUUCAAAGCAUGACUAGAUAUUAAAUGUACAUGUUGCAUGACCUGCACUGAUUCUGGCGUUCACUUUGUGAACUAUCGGCAAAUCGCCAACUCCGCCAGACAUGGCGACCAAAGUCUUGCGAGAUCAGUUUCUGAUAUAAGCAGACAUAUUAAAUCAUCCACGAUCUCUAUGAAAAAGGUCUGUCAACUUCAUGUUGUCAAAUCUUGAAUGAUGUAAAGUCUUCUUGUGAAUUUUAAGAUCACAUGUGUCAGUCAUUUUUCAUACAAAAUAAAAUCCUGAUGAUCCGUGUAUUAUCUCGGAGAUCAGAAAAAUAUU